AUGGACAAAGCAGCAGAGACCCUCCAGCGAAAGGAGUUUUGCCACUGGCCAUGCAAAUGCUCCAAUAAACGUUUAUGCCCCAUGGGAAUAAGUCUGGUGACGGAUGGAUGUGGAUGCUGUAAGAUCUGUGCUAAGCAACUGGGGGAAGGUUGCAAUGAAGCAGAGGUGUGCGAUCACCAUAGAGGACUGUACUGUGACUACUCAGCUGAUGCACCAAAGUUUGAAUUUGGGAUCUGCAAAUAUAUAUAUGCUGUUGGAUGUGAACUCAAUGGUGUGCUGUAUCAGAAUGGACAGUCUUUUAUGCCAAGUCCCUUUUACAUCUGCCUUUGUAUAAGUGACAUAAUUGGAUGUUCUCCACUGCUUAAUUCCAAACAAGAUGGAACCCAAUGCACAGAGUCUACAGACAUCACUAAAAAAAAGGCUGACUUAUCAAACUGUGCUCUAGAGAAGGACGCAGCUAUAGUUGAAAACAAACUUAUACCAGUGUACAAGAUUUUACCACUCGUUUGGAAAAAGAAGUGCCUGGUCCAGGCAACUCAAUGGAGUCCGUGUUCCAAAACAUGUGGUAUGGGGAUUUCUAUCAGAGUUACAAAUGAAAACAGCAAAUGUGAAAAGAGAAAAGAAAAAAGACUAUGCUACCUUCGACCAUGUAAUACUACUCUGCUCAGUGCUAUAAAGAUCCCUAAAGGAAAAACCUGUCAGCCUACAUUUCAAGAACCUCAACCUGUUAAAUUGACAUUAUCGGAGUGUUCAACAGGACGGAGCUACAGACCCACCUAUUGCGGAGUGUGUACAGAUCGCAGAUGCUGUAUCCCCAACAAGUCUAAAAUGAUAACAGUUCAAUUCCACUGUCAAAAUGAAGGCUCAUUUACCUGGAAAAUGAUGUGGAUCACAUCUUGUGUUUGUCAGAAGACCUGUAUUAACCCAGGAGACAUAUUUGCUGAUCUGAAAAUUUUAUGA